AUUCAGAGUUGCAAGGGCCGGCCACUCUACAGAACGGCCACCACUACAACCACCACCGACUCCGCCACCGGAGACAGAGAGAGCGUUUUGUACUCACUCGUCGUAAUCAUCUUCUUCAGUCCCGAGGAUCCAUCUUAUUGGAAAUUGUGUAGGAAAAAAUUUGUGUGUUGGCUAUGUGCAUGUCUGACAAGCCAAUUAUAUCAGUACAAGUGACGGGUAUGAUUGGCGUGUGAGAUAUGCACAUGGGCAUCUCCAAUCUUUUCUCAAAGAGGAGGCGCCGAAAGCUUGAUUAAAUACGUUAAUAAAUUUUAUUGGUAUUUUCGUGGAACUUAGGAAGUUUAGUUUAUUAUGCAGCCGGCCAGGUUGCAGAACAAUGGGUGCAGGUGGUAGAGCGGUUCAAUCCGCCACCAAGAGGGUGGAAACUGACCCCCUGAAGCGAGUUCCGGUUUCGAAGCCACCAUUCACUCUCAGCCAGGUCAAGAAAGCAAUCCCACCUCACUGUUUCCAGCGUUCUGUUAUCCGGUCAUUCUCAUAUGUUGUUUAUGACCUCACUAUCGCCGCUUUCUUGUUUUAUGCUGCAACAUCUUACAUUCCAAUGCUUCCGCCCACUCUCUCUUAUCUGGCCUGGCCGGUUUACUGGGCCGUUCAAGGUUGCAUCUUAACUGGUGUUUGGGUCAUAGCUCAUGAAUGUGGCCACCAUGCCUUCAGUGACUAUCAAUGGCUUGAUGACACUGUUGGUCUUAUCCUUCACUCUGGCUUGCUUGUACCUUACUUCUCCUGGAAGUAUAGCCAUCGCCGCCAUCAUUCCAACACGGGCUCUCUCGAAAGGGAUGAAGUCUUCGUCCCAAAACAGAAAACUGGUAUCAGAUGGUAUUCCAAGUACCUUAACAACCCACCUGGUCGAAUCUUCACUCUGAUCACAACGCUCACGCUUGGAUGGCCGCUGUACUUAGCAUUCAAUGUUUCAGGCAGGCACUAUGAUCGCUUCGCUUGUCACUUCGAUCCUAAAAGUCCUAUAUAUUCAGAUCGUGAGAGGCUCCAAAUUUUCAUUUCUGAUGCGGGCAUUUUAGCUAUUACAUAUGGUCUUUACCGUCUUGUACUAGCAAAAGGCCUUGGUUGGGUGCUGUGUGUUUACGGAGGGCCAUUGUUGGUGGUAAAUGGAUUUCUUGUUCUAAUUACCUUCUUGCAGCAUACUCACCCUUCAUUGCCUCAUUAUGACUCAUCCGAAUGGGACUGGUUUAGAGGAGCACUAGCAACAGUCGAUAGAGAUUACGGAAUCCUUAACAAGGUCUUCCAUCACAUAACAGAUACUCAUGUAACACACCAUCUGUUCUCUACUAUGCCACAUUAUCACGCCGAGGAGGCGACCAAGGCAGUCAAGCCAAUUUUAGGAGAAUAUUACCAAUACGAUGGGACCUCAGUCUUCAAGGCAAUGUAUAGGGAGACAAAGGAGUGUAUGUAUGUCGAGCCAGAGGAAGGCGAAGACCAAAACAAAGGUGUGUACUGGUAUAAAAACAAGAUAUGAUGAUGAUGAAGAAAUAGUUAAAAUUUGCAUUGUGACUUUCCUUUUCCUGGUAAAACGUAGGAUGUGCUUCAAUUUCUGCUUCCAAUUGAACUAAUUUUAGUUUGUGUUUCAUCCAAUAAUUUCAAAUUAUGCCCCCAAUUUUUGUUCUCUUAUUAUGAGCCAAGUAGUUUUAUUUGA